AGGAAACACUCGCUCAGGAAGUAAUGUGCCAAGAUUGACAAGCUGUGUUAUGAGAACUACUCAUCGACAUAAAACAUAUGCACAGAGAUCAUAUUAAUGCCAAAAUGGAAGUUGAUUUGGCCUUGUUGAAGUCCACAAAAGGUGUACUGAAAAUAUCAGAAAUGGUGUGUGUUUUUGUGGCUUUCGUGUGUUAUGCAGUGGCAUCUAGGCCGGUCUACAUUGCAGCAACAUGCAUGGAGUUUUUAAUCACACUUGGUUUUCUUCUGCUCUACCUACUGAAACUCAACAAGAUGUUCACUCUCUUCUUCUGGCCUCUUAUUGAUGUGUUCAACUCGUUCUUUGCAGCUGCACUGAUGUGUAUUCUUAGCCUGGUAGCAGUUUCCACAUACACAGUGAAGGGCACUUUGGGCGGCGGGAUCGUGGGCUUUGUGGCUGCAGCCUUGUGGUCCUUGGAUGGCUAUAUCCUUUACAAAAAAAUCACAUUCAACAAGCCAAGAACCACCGCAGAGGCCCAAACAGGGGCAGAUUAAAGCUUUGCAGGACCAGCUCUCUCGUUUUGUGAGCAGACCUAUUUCGUAUAAGCAAAAUAAGAUUGUAAAAUACUUAUAUAGUUAUAAUGUAUUCAUUAUUAUUAUUAUUAAUAAUGUCCUGUCCUGUCCUGUGAGAGUUCGUCCACAUUCUCUGUUCAUUUAACGGUCUUCAGAUUACAGUCUGCAGAACAGCCUGUGGGAAUGCAUGUUGCUCUAAUACAUAUAAGUGUGUAAAAUGAUGAAACCUAUCCACAAAUCAUCACCACUCAAAAUAAAUUCCUCCAUAAACUGA